UGUCCAGUAUAUCUGUGAGGACCACAGCACUUUCCGUGAUCUCAAUUUGUUUAUUUGACCUACUCUAGAAACACAUUACCUGAAGCUGAGUAGGGCCGGAAGAAUGAAGAUUGUGGAAUGUAUGCGUUGUGUGAUCGGUUUUUUUGUAUUCUUGGCGACAUGGAAAUUGGCUUUGUCUGUCACGCGUUACUCUAUACCGGAGGAGAUGGAGAGAGGGUCUAUUGUUGCUAAUCUAGCUGCAGACUUGGGACUGGAUGUAGGAGCUUUAGCUGAACGAGAGGUAAAGCUUGAUAUAUUUAAUAACAAAAAAUACUUAGAUGUUAAUAAGAAAACUGGGGAGCUGUACAUUAUUGAGAGAAUUGAUAGAGAAAAUAUAUGCCCGGUCAAAACGUCAAACUGUUUGAUUAAACUAGAUAUGAUAAUCAAAAACCCAUUGCGUAUUUUUAACAUUGAAUUACAAAUCACAGAUAUCAACGAUAACGCUCCACAUUUUAGAAUGGAUAGGGUCGAACUUGAUGUCUCCGAGUCGGCGUCACCCGGUGAACGAUUUUCUUUACCCAAUGCACAAGACCCGGAUGUAGGUGCCAACACUGUAAAUACUUACAAAAUUGGAGAAAGUGAUCAUUUUACAAUCGAUAUUCAUUCUGGUAGUGAUACAAAAUAUGUCGACUUGGUUCUUAUGAAAGCAUUAGACAGGGAAGCAAAGCCUAUUCAUACUCUCAUUCUUACUGCUGUAGAUGGCGGUGUCCCUGCACGCUCAGGAACUGCCAGUAUUAUUGUUCGAGUGCUAGACACAAACGACAACGCCCCUCAGUUUGACCUCUCAGUCUACACAGUGAAAAUGAAUGAGAAUUCACCGAUUGGAACUCUUGUAACUAAAUUAAACGCAACCGAUUCUGAUGAAGGCUCAAACGCGGUAAUAACAUACUCAUUUACACUAUAUACCUCAGAAAAAACGCAAAACGUGUUUAAUUUGAAUUCAGAAACGGGCGAAAUCACUGUUAAAGGAACUAUAGAUUUCGAAGACAUGAAAAUAUUUGAGAUGCAUAUAGAAGCCAAAGAUAAUGGUCCUGUUCCGCUUUCCAGUCAGUGUAGAAUAACAGUGGAUAUUAACGACAUGAAUGAUAAUUAUCCAGAGAUAACCAUCAAAUCACUGAAGAACACUGUGAAAGAGGACACUCCUGUCGGCACUGUCAUAGCCCUUGUAGGUGUAAGCGACAGAGACACGGGGGAUAAUGGCAAGGUUAAUCUCACAAUCAAUAGGAACAUACCAUUUACUCUAAACAAAUCAUCUAACUACCACUACGAACUGCUAGUCUCGAGACCAUUAGAUCGCGAAACAAAAUCAGAAUAUGAUAUUACGUUGUUAGUUACAGACAGAGGAAAUCCUUCACUGUCUGACAAUGAAACUAUAACAGUGCAUUUACUGGACGUUAAUGAUAACGCACCGCAAUUCCCACAGAUUUUCUAUAAAAUAUAUGUUAUGGAAAAUAAUCCUCCGGGUGCAUUAUUAAGCUCUAUAACAGCACAUGACCCAGAUUUAAAUGAAAAUCAAUAUCUAGUGUAUUUCAUAAUAGAAAGGGAAAUAGCAAACACUUCCAUGUCCAUGUUGUUCUCGAUUAAUCCAGAGAACGGAAACCUUUACGCACUAAAGACGUUUGAUUAUGAGAUAGAAAAGGAGUUCCUAUUCCACGUCGAGGCUAGAGACUCUGGUGUUCCUCCACUCAGCAGUAACGUGACCGUUCACAUUAUUAUCAUGGACCAGAACGACAACACACCAGUUAUAGUGUCUCCGUGGCGCGCGCAUGGCUCAGUAAUACAGGAGAAAAUACCGAGAUCCACUGAUAAAGGAACUCUGAUAGCCAAAGUAAUUGCUAUAGACGCAGAUUCAGUGCACAAUUCCCGCGUGACGUACCAGUUUCUCCAGAACACGGACGCUACAUUGUUCAGUCUUGACCAGUACAACGGAGAGAUCCGGACCACGAGAAUGUUUAGUUACAGAGACUCGCGCCACCAGCGGCUGGUGGUGAUCGCCAAGGAUAAUGGAGAUCCCUCUCUUUCUGCUACAAUCACCAUCACACUGUCCACGGUGGAGACCGCGCUUAAAAGCUAUGCUGACAUGACUGAAAUGCCUUUGGAAUAUGACAUCUUUUCAGAUUUAAACCUGUAUCUGGUGAUCGGACUGGGCUCGGUGUCAUUUCUGUUACUGAUCACUAUAUUGGUGACCAUCGUGCUGAAGUGUCAGAAGCCAAAGCCCAGUAAAGCUGCUCCUCCCUGCAGGAACAGUGUGAUCAGUGAGAGAAACUCUACCAUCGCAGAUUCCACCCUGGUCUCCAACGAUGCCUACUGGUACAGUUUAUUUCUGGCAGAGACCAGAAAAGGAAAGCUGGUAGUUAGACAACCUGUGCCAAAGGGGACAAGAUACGUUGUGUCCAGUAUACCGAGGAGCACAGGAAUGACUGAGACUAGUGACUCAGCUGCGUCUACUUUACAGGAACAGUGUGAUCAGUGAGAGGAACUCUACCAUCGCAGAUUCCACCCUGGUCUCCAACGAUGCCUACUGGUACAGUUUAUUUCUAGCAGAGACCAGGAAAGGAAAGCUGGUAGUUAGACAACCUGUGCCAAAGGGGACAAGAUACGUUGUGUCCA